UGCGGAUCCGAGCUUGAGGAAUAAAUGACCGGAAGUUUACAAACAUCCGUCGAGGAAGCUAACGAUUAGCUGACUGUUUUUGUUUUGUUUUAGCCAAUCGUCGAAAAGCCUCGGUUAUAACGAAAUAAAAGUGAAGAUGGUUUGUGAAAAGUGCGAGAAGAAGCUUGGUAAGGUCAUCACCCCUGACACCUGGAAGGAUGGAGCGCGGAAUACAACAGAGAGUGGUGGGCGCAAGCUAAAUGAAAACAAGAUCCUGACAUCUAAGAAAGCCAGGUUUGAUCCUUACAGCAAGACAGGCUUUGCUAUCUGCAGGAUCUGCAAGAGCUCAGUUCAUCAGUCUGGAUCACACUACUGCCAGGGCUGUGCAUACAAGAAAGGAAUAUGUGCAAUGUGUGGAAAGAAAGUUUUGGACACCAAGAACUACAAACAGACAUCUGUGUGAUAGUGUGCUGAUCAGAAAACAGUUCUGCAAGUGAAUAACAGACGUGAGGAUGAGACUGAGGUGUACGUUUGUCAUGUUUUCAGUAUUUAUCCACAAUUCCCUGUCACAGACAGCUAUAACUCUUUACUGCUACUGUUCCCACCUCAGUGAAAGAGAAAUGUUUGUAGAUCACUUUGUCCUCUUAUUAUAAAAUAUUAUAUAAUGCUACUGGAACUAAAACAGUGGCCGUAUACAGGGCAGCACUGUUGUCUCCAAGUACAGGCUUCUUGAUUUUUUUUUUUUUUUUUUUGUACAUUUUAAAUUCAAUACUUAGACUUCAAUACUUUUUUUUUUUUUUUAUUGAUGUGUGUAUGUAAUAUAUCAAGUGCUGAUUUUUUUUUUUUGAGUGAAUUAAAGCAUCCAACAUGU